ACAGAAAAGUAAAGAUACGUAUCUGACAAAUUUCGUGGUUUUUCAAUUGGAAGAAAAUAGUGUUUGGAAUUUUAUACAUCAAAGCAAAACCAUUAUAUUGUAAUGCUGAGUGUAAAAAGCAGCAGAAAAGUACUAAUAAUUGAUUUGUGAAUUACUAAAAUAUAAAAAGACGUGAAAAUGUCAUUCGUACGCACCUCGACGGGUGGCAAUGAGUCGGUGCAUAAAUUUGUUGAGGCCUUACGGGCAGACUUUAAAACACUUUCCCUGGAAACUAAAAAGAAGUAUCCAUUAAUUAAGGAGUCAUGCGAAGAGGCUAUUUCGAAACUGAGUGCAGCAAGCAAUAAUCAACAAACUUCUGUCUACUACACGGUAAACCAAAUUCUCUAUCCACUUGUACAAGGAUGCGAAACCAAAGACCUAAAAAUUAUAAAGUAUUGUCUGGGCAUGAUGCAGCGGCUUAUCACCCAGCAGGUGGUUGAUCAAAAGGGUGCACGCUACAUAACCGAUGCAUUAUGGAUGCUUAUGGAGAAUAAUAUAGAAGAGGUUAAGGUCUUGCAAACUGUUACGCUGCUACUAACUACCAACACCGUAGUACAUGGCGAAACUUUAGCCAAAUCGUUAGUGCUAUGUUUUCGUCUGCAUUACACCAAAAAUUCGACAAUUGUCAACACGGCGGGUGCUACAAUACGUCAACUUGUGUCAUUAGUUUUUGAACGUGUUUACUCGGAAAAAAGUUCUAUGGCAACGCUACAGGGUAUCAAUCAAAAUGCAAAUAAAGAAGCGUUGGACGCUGAUAACAGCACUGGCGCUAAUGCUGAAAUGCAGACUUUUGCAGCGGAUGCAUUUUUCCUAUUUCAAGAUCUCGUGCAGCUAGUAAACGCCGAUCAACCAUAUUGGCUUAUCGGUAUGACUGAAAUGACACGCACUUUCGGUUUGGAAUUACUCGAGGCAGUAUUAACUAAUUUCAGCGCAGUCUUUCAUGAGAAUAACGACUUUCGUUUGCUGCUCAAAGAACGCGUGUGUGCAUUAGUAAUCAAAUUAUUCUCACCAAAUGUCAAGCAUCGCCAGGUACCGGCGCCUAAUAACGGCAAUACGGCAGUGCCUAACGAUAAACCAUAUUUUCCAAUUAGCAUGCGUUUAUUGCGUUUGGUGGCAAUACUAAUACAGAAGUAUCACACGAUAUUGGUUACUGAGUGUGAAAUUUUCCUUUCUUUGAUCAUCAAAUUUUUGGAUCCUGACAAGCCACACUGGCAACGCGCCUUGGCAUUGGAAGUCAUACAUAAACUAGCCACAAAACCAACUUUAAUCGCUUUCUUCUGCAAAUCGUAUGAUUUAAAGAAUCAUGCCACCAAUAUUUUACACGAUAUGAUCACGUCGUUGGGCACAUUCGUGCGUUACUCGUUAAUAAAUGCUGCAGCUUUGCAAAAUGGUCAACCGCCUGCUGCUAAUCAAAAUAAUCCCACAGCUGCGCAUAACGCCGGCAAUCAAUGUGGCUUCAUGUUUCGUGGCGUUUACUUACCGCUAGUCACUAAUUUUGCACCAGGCGUAGCAAAAGCCGUCUAUUUGGAGAUGCUUGAUAAGUUGGAGGCACCCAACAUACCGGACAGUUAUGGUGUUUCUGUUGCUUAUGCCAUACUUUUAGAUGUGACGCGCUCUAUUGGUGGCGUAAUACAACGCACACCCGAAAUGCAACAAACGAUACACAGCGCCGAUAUUAUCACCGAAGAGGAACACAAACCGCUCUGCAUACAGUUGAUCAACUCCAGUUGGAAUGGCUUGCUUUCAGCAUUCGUGCCACUUAUAGACGCCUCAAUCGACGAUGCCACAACGGAUAACAUACUGAAAGCCAUGCAGAGUUAUGCUGCACUCUGUGGUCUGCUAGACUUGCUUGGGCCGCGUGAUGCGUUCAUAAUAUCCAUGUGCCGUGCCUCUUUCCCACCGCACUAUGCCGCGGCGAUUUUCGCCAACAACGCGCACAUGGAUGCCGAUUUGCGUGGACACGCGCGCAGCAACAGCCAAGAUCUUAACAACCAGUUCAUGAACACUUGCAAUGAGGGCGAGUUUCGUCAGCAGAUAGUCGCUGUGGGCACGCCAUUGCCCAGCGCCUCGCUGCCGCACAGCAUCAUGCAAGCGCCGGUCAUGUUGACCAAUAAGAAUCUGCAAUGUAUGCGUGCAAUCUUGUUUUUGGCGCGCAAUAGCGGCAGCAUACUCGGCACCUCGUGGCACAUUGUGCUGCAGACACUGCAACACCUCGUCUGGAUUUUGGGUUUGAAGCCCUCCACAGGCGGCAGUUUGCAAGCAUUCCCAAAGCCUGCCGUAGAAGCAAAUGUCGGCAUACAAACGGCUGUCAUGGCCGACUUGCCUGUGCUUUCGCAAAUGUUGAGUCAACUCUUCGAAUCCAGUCAGCGUUUGGACGAUAUAGCGUUACAUCAUUUGAUCGAUGCUUUAUGCAAAUUGUCGCACGAAGCCAUGGAACUCGCUUAUGCCAAUAGGGAACCCUCCUUAUUCGCUGUCGCCAAACUGCUCGAAACCGGGCUGGUGAAUAUGCCGCGCAUUGAGGUGCUCUGGCGCCCACUCACCAACCACUUGCUGGAGGUUUGCCAACAUCGUCACAUACGCAUGCGCGAAUGGGGUGUGGAAGCCAUUACCUAUUUGGUUAAGUCCGCACUGCAGUUCAAACAUACCGUGCCACUGAAGGAGAACAUGGAGCUGCAGACCAUGUUGCUGAGUCCACUUUCGGAACUAUCGACGGUCAUGCAUGCGGAUGUGCGUCAAAGACAACUGGACUGUGUGCUGCAGAUACUGAAUGGCGCUGGUGAAAUAUUGUCCUUCGGCUGGCCGGCCAUAAUUGAGAUAAUUGGCGCCGUAAAUGAGCAUCAUGGCGAGCCCUUGAUACGCACCGCAUUCCAGUGUCUUCAAUUGGUGAUCACCGACUUCUUAACUGUUAUGCCUUGGCGUUGCCUGCCUCUAUGCAUUCGUACCGCCGCCAAGUUUGGUUCGCAGACGCAGGAGUUGAAUAUCUCGCUCACGGCUAUUGGUUUGAUGUGGAACAUCUCCGACUUCUUCAAUCAAAAUCAAGACAAAUUAAUGUCGGCUCAGGUAGAUGAGGUUGCCAUAUUGCCUGACUUCCCAGGCACCGUGAAAAUGCCGCAAUUCGACAAGCUCUGGAUGUGUUUGUAUGCCAAACUGGGUGAUUUGUGCGUGGAUUUGCGUCCAGCGGUGCGCAAGUCAGCGGGCCAAACGCUUUUCUCAACCAUUUCGGCGCACGGCAGUCUGUUGAAUCCACCCACUUGGCAAGCGCUGGUUUGGCAGGUGCUAUUCCCGUUGUUGGAUAAUGUGCGCGCGCUCUCCAGUUCGGCCAGCAACGAGAAAGUGGACGCCAGCGGCAAUAUACUGAUACACCACUCGCGCAACACAGCGCAGAAGCAAUGGGCGGAGACACAAGUGCUCACGCUCUCCGGCGUGUGCAGGGUGUUCAACACCAAGCGCGAAUUGUUGCAAAUGUUGGGUGAUUUUGAUCGCGCUUGGUCGCUGGUCUUGGAAUUCAUACAAAAUGCUGCUUUGAGCAAAAAUGGUGAGGUCUCGCUGGCCGCGCUGAAGUCGCUACAAGAAAUCAUGUACCAUAAUGCGGAUAAGGCGGCCUCACUCACGGACGAGGAGACAACACGCGUGAAAGAUGACGAAAUUUGGACGAUCGCUUGGAAUAUUUGGCUAAAUAUCGGCAUUGAGAGCACCAAGAUCACAACGAAAAACAACGACACCCAAGAGGAAUUCUACGUGCCCAGUCAGGCAUUUUUAACCGCAUUGAUACAGAUUUUCCCGGCAAUAUUCCAACACAUCCACCAAAGGUUCACCUUAGAGGACUUUGAGAAAUUCUGCAUUGUGCUGACAAAUGCGGUUUGCAUACCCGUACAAACUGAUGCCGUUCCAUAUAUGAUGUCCGCUGUGUCCGACUCGCUACUCACACCCUUGCACGAUGGCAUACUCGACUGCAUGGAUCUCAUACAAAAGGAGGCAACUAAGGAGGGCUCCAACUUGAAGCAUAUGAUUCCUGUUAUAUUCCGUCAAUUGCUGGUAUUCAGUAAGUUUGCUUGUGCGCCGCCCGCAUACACCGGUGUCGAGCACAAGUACGUGAAGACCGCAAAUCAUUACACAAACAAUGCUUCCGUGGAAAUGGUCAGCAUGAAUUUCAUACCGUUCGGCGAGAAGUCAAUAAGCAUAUGCGUGAAAUUGUACCAGGGCACAGCUACAGAAGAGUGCGUCAUGCAUGAGCAUAUUUUGCAUGAAAUCAUUAAGGCGCUGCGCACACCGCUCGCCAUGAAGUACAAGUGUCUGUCGUCCAGCACAUGGAAAUUGGCCAUCUCGAGUUUGAUUACGGUGCUACAUACCGGUUUGAAGGUGGCACGCGCCAAACCCAGCUAUUUCACCGGCAUGUGGGAUGACUUGGCCGAUACAUUUGAUAAAUUUCUCUUUCCUGCAAGCGUUUGUACAAUUGAAGAUCGCGGCCUUGAUGAAAUCGUGCUGGACGAAACAAUUGAUUGUCAGGUCAUCGAACUGUUGCGUGACGAGGUGUUGCCGCACGCACACGAAAUGCCGCAUCAAUUUAUCAUGCAAAUUGUUGUGCUGCUCAACAAGGGCUCCAUACAUUCCGCAUCUGACUCGAAUAUUUGCUAUGAAUCCGAUUGGAAAUUACGUGAAAUCUUCGCCAAGACCUGCUUUGAGACGCUCUUACAAUUCUCGCUGUUGGACGACACUUGCAAUAAUAAUCGCAAUAGCUUAACAGCGGCAACGGCAACAGUGGCGGGCAUAAAUGCAUCGCUGAGUUCGAAUGUACUCGGUGGUGGCAAAGAUUUUGCCGGUCGCUUGGCGGUCACAGCUUUGCUACAUCGUUUCCAAGAGGUCUUGAAGCGUUUCAACGAUGACGAACGACAGAGUGGAAAGUGUCCGCUGCCAAGAUUCCGCCUUUCGGAAAUUUCCUUCGUACUAAAGGCAAUCGCCACAUUGGUUGUGUCCAUGAAGAAAGCACCGCCAUCGAAAGUAAAUAAGCCGGCGUGGGACCAGCUUAUCGGUCUAUAUCCGUAUCUCGUCGAUUGUACGACCACAACAUCGCCAGAGGUGUCGCGCUCGUUGCGCGAAGCCUUGUUGCAAUACACAGACCUACUGCAACCACCCAAGUGUCUAAAUACUGAAACUGCAAAACUACAAAAUGCCACGCAAUCGAAUGGACAAGAGUAAAUUAGUGCGAAAUGUAAGACAGUGAAAUAUUUAUGUACACAGACACAGCCACAGACAGACACACAGAGCUGAUGAUUAGAGCCGUCAAUUAAAUGACGUUUAUGGGACUUUUACAAUAACAUUUGAAAGCGUAUAAAAAACAUGAAGAAAGUUUGAUAUUUAUUUUGGGCAUGCUAGAUAAGCUAACUAUACAUACAUACAAGUACACACACACACACACACACUUAUUUAAUAAACUGUAAUAAAUUAUGUAUUCACUUGCAGCCGUUUUGCUGUUAACCUAUGCGCGUAUAUUUUUAGCUGUAUUUAUGUACAGGUAUGUUGUUGCGUUUGUACCGUCAAAAUAUUUUUUAUGCAAAAAACGAGAAAAAAUUCCAAAUUUCACUUUAAUAAUAAAAUGGCAAAAAUCUGAA